AUGGUCCUCUUCACGAGGAAGAGAAAAUUGGGGCCAACAAAGGCACCAACUCUCCUAAACACUACGCUAAGCUUUGCAUCUGAUGUGAAAUACCUAGGGGUUACACUCGAUGCAAAGCUAACAUGGAAUCUACACUUUGAGAGAAGAUUAAAAAAGGCGUACAUAUCCUAUGUGCAAUGCCGCGGAACCGUUGGCAAAACCUGGGGCAUGAAACCAAAUGUGGUUAUGAGGAUAUACACUGCCAUAGUGAGACCAAUGUUGGCCUAUGGGGCUGUCGUCUGGUGGCCGAAAUCCCAGCAGACGACAGCUAAACAAAAGCUCAGCCAAGUACAAAGGGUUGCCUGUCUGAGCAUAACUGGAGCUAUGCGUACAACACCUACCAUAGCAAUGGAGGUAAUGCUGUGUCUGCCACCUCUGGAUAUUUAUCUAAGAGAAAUGGCUUUGACAACCAUGCUUCGCCUCGAGAACGUUGGCUUAAAACCGGUUGUAGGACGUGGAGAAGUCAGAAGUCGCCUGUGGAAUGAGGUCGUCAGGAAGACGCCCCUCCUGCAGGCAGACACUGACAGUAUUUCUCCCCGGUUUGCAUUUGACAAACCCUACACCGUACUCAUUAAGAGACAGGAGGAGACCGCCCGUGGAGAUUGGGCAAUGGAUAGGCAUGCUACCGUUGUACAAACGGAGUUAGCAGGCAUAACCAUAGCCGCGAAGGAAAUUGCCCGCAGGCAUACUACGGGCAAAACCAUUAGAAUCUACACGGAUAGUAGACAAGCACUACUGACCUUGCGUAAUCAUAAGAUAAUGACUAGGACAGUAUGGGAAUGCCAUGAAGCACUGGUUGUGGCCUCGGCCGCUAACAGCAUAUCUGUAUGCUGGAUUUCGGUGAUGUACCUUUCGGAAGUCAAUGUUCUAGGAAUGAUUCCCAAUUGGGUUCUUAUAUUAAUGAAUACGCCUGCCCAUACCGUAACGGAAUCGCCAUGGCAACGACAGACGUAUGGCGUCGUCGUGGAGAACGUUGUACCGAUAAUUUUAUGCGGCCAGCUGCGGCUUUUAAUGGCUGUUCAGUUAUGGUAUGGGCAGACGUAUCCAUUAAUACCAGAUCUCAGUUGGAUAAUGCUGGUCUUCACACCGCAAAACGUACGAGAAAUUUUCUUCACAACGCAACGUGGUGACCACCCACCUAUGAGUCCCGACUUGAACCCCAUUGAGAAUGUUUAG